UUUCAUUGAGGUAUGGGCAGUGGAGCUUUCCUGGAACACAGAGGCACGCAUCAUAUAAUGUUGGGCUCGGCGUGGAGCUUAAAACCACGAGGUUGGAGCUCCUGCUUUCCUACACAAGAAGGCAGUCUCUCCCACUUCAGCCCAGAAAGUUCCCCAGUGCCAAAUAAGUGUCCAGCUUGCGUGCUCUCUCUCCCCGGGACUGUGCCUGGAAACCGGCCUCUCAGAUUCCCCUUACCUGAUUCAAAGAGCCUCUUUGGCCUAAAAGCCAACCCUGGCAGUGACCCGCACGCACACACGCACACACACACACACACACGCGCACACACCGACAGCAGCCUCGGAGGUCACUCUGGACGGAUUCCCUACACCACAGGAGAGGCAGCACCCAGCCCAGCCAAGCCCUGCCCCUCUCCUCUCCCGCCUCGCCUCGAACAGUCCCUUCCUCCUCCCGGUGCCUCCUCGCCUGCACAGGCUCCCACCACAGAUCCCGACCGGCCUCCGGGUGCCUCCGGGUUUCCCCUCCCUACCCAACCCCCGCCUUCAACUGCAGCCCCGCGGUGCGCGGCGAGGACGUUUCCACCAGCGACAGCCUGGCCUCCAAGGGUGCACCUGGUACCGCGCGGGUGUCCCGCGGCACACCCUCUGGGGGUGCGAGGGCUCUCGGUGGCCUCCACAGAGGACGUGAAGGGCCCGUUUCCCGGAACGGCCGUGCCGCUCAGCCGCUCAGCCGCGCGCGGGACUGGGAGCCGCUUCAUUGACUCGUCUGCCCCGAGGAUCCCGCUGCUUCCUCACGUGCGUAUCCCCACGUCUUUGCCAUGCACGUCCUGACUGCUCCGGGAAGAUGGUCUCCUGG